AUGGAAAGGGAGAAGUUUUUGGGAGGUGCCAUGUCGAGGGAGCAUGAGUUGGGGAUGGCGGAAAAUUUAUCUAUUCGUUGUAUUAUGCGGCCUCACAUAUGGUCUCUCCUCAAAAGUGGUUUGCAAACUAAUGUUUGGAGUGACAAUUGGUGUCCUAUGAGUCCUCUUAGCUCCUUUAUUACUCCUCGUUCUAUAGCUAAUGCAGGUUUCAGUUUAAAGUCCUCGGUUGCUGAUGUUAUUGAUGCGUAUGGGCAUUGGAGAUGGCCCCAAGCUUGGCUAGAUUUGUUCCCGGUUUUAAUAAGCAUUCAAACGCCUCAGCUAGUUGGUGAUGCUCUUGAUCGUCUGGCUUGGAAAAAUUUGGAUGGGAAGUUUAUAGACUUUGAAUCGGCCCAAGUUUGGAAUACGAUUCGGACGAGAGAUACUCAGGUGACCUGGGCAAACAUGGUUUGGUUCUCUCAGUGUGUUCCUCGCCACUCCUUUCAUAUGUGGUUAGUGUUACGGAACAAACUAAAAACUCAGGAUAGGUUGGCGGUUUGGGAAGCUGGAAGUGCUACGAAUCUUAAUCUUAUGUGUUGUCCGUUGUGCAAACAUGAUCGAGAUAGCCGAAACUAUUUGUUCUUUCAAUGUGCGUUUGCAAAUCAAGUUUGGACAAAUGUGAAGUGUACGGUGAACUUGGAGAGUGUAGAUAACACAUGGCAGUCGUUAAUGGUUUGGGUUGAUCAACAUUCUAAUUCUAAGAAAACUGAUGCCAUUGUGUGUAAAUUGGUGGUGGCGGUGGCUACCUAUUAUAUUUGGCAAGAGCGGAACAGUCGGCUCUUUAGUUCCAACCAGUUGACUGUGGUGCAAGUUGCUGAGAAGAUCAAAAGUGUGGUUCGGCUUCAGCUUAUGGGGUUCAAGUUUCGAGUGGAGUUGGCUAGGAGGAGGAUCUACAGAACCUGGAAGAUUGAUGAUAGCAAGGAUGAUGUAGCUGACCCGGGCUAG